AUGCACGGUCUCUGCAGAGCUCUGCUGGUGACAGCUAUCGCCACGGCAACAUUCACCGCCUCGUUUGGAGGUGAAAUCAUCAAUGGGAAAAAAGCCAAGAAAAACUCCCUGCAGUACAUGGUGUCAGUGCAGGUUCAUGGAAAGCAUAUCUGUGGGGGCUUUCUGAUUGGCCACAACUUUGUGCUAACCGCUGCCAGCUGUAAUGACACUGUCAGUGUGGUUCUUGGUUUUCAUAACUUGAAAGGAAAUGGGAAGGAAAAUCCACAACCAUACAAGGUGAAGAAAAUACGCAGGCCUGAUUCAUACAAAGAGCCGAGGAAAGGGGAUAACAUCAUGCUACUGGAGCUUCCUAAAAAAGUCAAAGUGACAAAGGUGGGUAUUCCGAAAAAGGACAAACUCAUCAAGGCAAACUCAAAGUGCCUGGUGGCCGGAUGGGGAAGGAAUGCCACAGACAGCAGGAAGGACACCGUGGACGAUCUCCUGUAUCAAAACGUGAGGACGGUGAACCUACAAACCUGCGAGCAUCAGUGGAAAGACCAGAAAUUCACACUCCCUCCAAACAUAAUCUGUGCUGUUGGUGACAAGAACGCCAAAGACGGGGUUUGUGAGAAAGACAUGGGAGGUCCACUGGUCUGCGAUCGUACUGCAGUUGGCAUCGUUUCCUUCAACAGUAAACGCUGUGACCAUCCUACUGUUUUCACGCAGAUUUCAAAGUACAUCGAGUGGAUUAACAGCGUGAUCAACGGAAAAUCUUAA